UCAGGAUGGAGUGAAGGUGUGCGUGCAAUAUACCGGCGGGCCAGAUCUAAUAGUAAUCAAAAAUUAUCCUGCGGGCCAAAAUUAAAUCCACCACGGGUCUGAUUUGGCCCCCGGGCCUUGAGUUUGACACAUGUGCACUAGUCUCCCCAAUAGUUACAACAAAUUUGUACAUAUCUAAUAAGAUAAAUGACUUGAUUUUACACCUCAGAGGCUACAAUCAGUAAAAAAUAUAUAUAUAUAAACAUAAAGCACAUAAACUGACAGACCUUUGCAUACACCAGCAACAUCCACCCCUUAACUUAUACAGCAACAAAGGCCCCAGUGUCUCAGAGGGGAUGAUAAACUCACUUUAAAAUGUUACUUCCACACGACAAACACUUUCACACAUGCACACACCCACAGAGGACUGUAGACUUUUGGUAAGUGAUGUCAGAGGUCACUGAGGGGGAUGAGGUGGAGUGAGUGAGUGAGUUAGUGAGUGUUUCAGGGUCAGUGUGUUAGACAGAUGGGAGGGACAGUCUUGUGCGUAUAAAUAUAGGACUGUGAUGAAAACCAAGCAUGAAUAGAAGACUGUCGAUGCACUAGAGGACACUUGGAGAAACAUUUUUUAUAGAUUUGAAUAAUAGGAAGAUCCGCAAUGGCCAACCACAAUGGUUUGAUUACUGAUGUGGAUCUAAGGAGUCAUGAAAACAACUUGGCUCAUCGCACCAGGGAGAUUGAUAGGGAGCGCCUGAUUGUUCGUAGGGGUCAGCCCUUUUCCAUAAGUUUACAGUGCUACGUGUCUUUGCCCCCCAAACACCAACUGGAACUGAUCCUGCACCUUGGUAGUAAAGACGAGGUAGUGAUCAAACUUCAGAAGGGCCGUGGGGCCGGGGACAAGUGGUGGUUUAAUCAGCAGAGAGCGCAGGAUGAAAUGUUGCUGACUCUGCACAGUCCAGCGGACGCUAUUAUUGGCCAGUACCACCUGGCCGUGUUGAUGAUGUCACCUGACGGACACAUUUUAGAGAAAACCGAUAAACUUAGUUUCCACCUACUCUUCAACCCGUGGUGCAAAGAUGAUGUAGUGUACCUCCCUGACGAGAGUCUCCUUCAGGAGUAUGUUAUGAAUGAAGAUGGGAUCAUUUUCAUGGGCACCUGGGAUAACAUCAACAGUAUUCCCUGGAAUUAUGGACAGUUUGAGGACUAUGUGAUGGACAUAUGUUUUGAAGUCCUUGAUAAAUCCAAGGAUGCCCUGAAAAACUCAGAAGUGGACAUUAAGCAGAGAAAUGACCCUGUCUACGUCAGCAGGAUGGUCACAGCAAUGGUAAACUCUAACGGAGACAGGGGUGUGUUGACCGGUCGCUGGGACGAGUUGUACACUGACGGAGUCGCACCUUACAGAUGGACCGGCAGUGUGCCGAUCCUCCAACAGUGGAGGAAUGCCGGGGCGAGAGCGGUCAAAUAUGGCCAGUGCUGGGUGUUUGCUGCUGUCGCCUGCACAGUGCUGCGCUCUCUGGGAAUCCCAACACGCCUCAUUACCAACUUUUCUUCAGCCCAUGAUGUCGAUGGAAACCUCUCAAUAGACUUUCUGCUGAAUGAAAGACUGGAGAGCUUUGAUGGGAGAAACAAGAGAGACAGUAGCUGGAAUUUCCACUGUUGGGUCGAAUCCUGGAUGAGGAGAGAAGAUCUCCCCAAAGGAAACGAUGGCUGGCAGGUUUUGGACCCCACCCCUCAAGAAUUGAGUGAUGGUGAAUUUUGCUGUGGUCCGUGUCCGGUGACAGCCAUCAAGGAGGGAAAUCUCGGAGUAAAGUAUGACGCUCCUUUUGUAUUUUCUGAGGUGAAUGCUGACAUCAUCUACUGGAUCGUCCAGGCAGAUGGCCAGCGGCAGAAGAUCAGAGUCGAUCAGGCAAGUGUGGGGAGGAACAUCAGCACCAAAAGUGUUUACGGCGACUACAGAGAUGAUGUCACUCAACAAUACAAAUAUUCAGAAGGCUCCAAUGAAGAGAGAGAUGUGUACAAGAAGGCGGGACGCCGGGUCACCAAUGAGAUCACAGAACCAGGACAACUGAAGCUGUCAAUCAAGCCUUCUAGGCCUGUACUUGGGACAGACUUUGAUGUGAUUGUUGAGGUGAAGAAUGAAGGAGCCAGAGAAGCUCAUGCUCAGCUUGCCAUGGUGGUCAUGGCUGUAACUUACAGUUCUCUAAACCGGGGCGAGUGCAAAAGACAAACAAUCAGUGUGACAGUGCCAGCUCACAAAGCCCACAAGGAAGUGCUGCGUCUGCACUAUGAUGACUAUGUCGGGUGUGUUCGUGAGCAUCAUCUGAUCAGGGUGAAAGCCUUGUUAGAGGCUCCAGGGGAGAACGAACCCAUCAUGGCCAUGGCCAACAUCCCGAUGAGCAUGCCUGAACUACUUGUACAGGUGCCUGGGAAGGCUGUUGUAUGGAAUCAAGCGACCGCUUUUAUCUCCUUCACCAAUCCUCUACCAGUUCCUCUGAAGAGUGGCGUGUUCACUGUGGAGGGAGCCGGCCUACUGUCGGCCACUGAGAUCUCUGUUAAAGGGGAUAUUAAUCCUGGCCAGAAAGUGUCUGUCAAGCUCUUGUUCUCUCCCGUGCGGACAGGGGUCAGAAAGCUACUGGUGGACUUUGACUCAGACAGGCUGAAGGACGUGAAGGGAGUCGCCACGGUGGUUGUGUAUAAAAGACACAUUAGAUCUUUGAAUUAGCCCAGCUUUUCUAACAUACUGUAACUGAUUUGGCAAAAACUACUUAGCAGAUACUUUUGGUUUACAUGGUCGGUGGACUAUUUUUGAGGCAAUUUCUGCACGUUUUUAAAACGUAUAAACUGAAUGAGGUAAUAUUAUGAGGUUAAUCGACCUUUCAUGGAUGAAAGAGGAGGAACUGCCCAGUUUAAAUGUAAAAGUAUGCCAAGUAUUAGAACACUGCAUUGUAUGCCGAUAAAUUCAAUGAUGGUUGUCUCUUGAAGGACAACUGUGACCUUAUUCACAAAUAAAUACCGGACACAGAGUUAGUUUACCUUACCUUAGAGCCACUAUGUGAUAGACUUAGAUAUUUCUGACUUUGCAUUAUGCCUGGCAUUAGAUGCCUGCAUAGAAAUGCACAGAAGGACAACAGGUAACCACCUUUAGAUGAUAGACCUUCCAUUUUGUUGCUUUUUGGCUAUGUUCCUCCUCUGUAACAUUUCUGGUAUUCCUUACUUGACUACAUGGCCAUGUUUCUUACUGUCUUCGUUCCCUUUACCUGGUUCAAAGAGCUGUGUUUUAGACCCUGAUUGUGAAAUUAAAAGAAGCAUUACCAUCAGUGCACACAUCAGAGCUGAAGGGUUAACACAUUGUGCUUUGUUAGAUAUACUUUUGGAAAAUGAUCUGCUUAAUUAUCUUUUUUGCAAUGUUUCCAAUCCCAUUUUAGUCAAAACAUAAUUGGAAGAAACUAUCAUUUUUUCAUUGAAUUAAAUCCUUUAUUUUUGUUCUUUUUUUAUAUAAUUCUGUGCAUUCACACAUUAUGAUAUACAGUGCGUGCACAAUAUGCUUUCAAUAAAGAUGUUUUUCUUUCCUGUAAUUUGAAUUGACAUGUUGCUCAAAUGAAUGUCUGAACUAGACGAUGGGUUGGCUGUGUGCAAAAUGUAUUAAAACUACAGAGGAAAUUAUUUUACAUAGGAGGGACUCAUAUAGUAAAUUGAAACAAGGUUGAGACAAGAUUUCUAAAGUAAACGGGUCGUUAGUGGAUAUGUUUUGGUUUCCUCUGCAGAGAGUGAAUGCAAUGGGGAGAGAAGUUGUUAAAUUGUCAGCAUUGCUGGAGCACAAGUAGGAAUGAUCUUCACCAUCAUAGUGAUAUCUCUGAUUGAUGUUUACUCCUGAGUCUUUCACGACUGGACUCCAGAGUCCAGUCCAUCACAUGGUCCUCAAAAUGAAAGAUAAAACAUUAAGGAGGAAAGAAAAUACAUUUUGUUUUAAGAUGAGAUUAAAUAAACCUUUACUGAUCCCCCUAGUGAAAUGCAUGUGUUCAAGCAGCAACAUGAAUAAGAUUGAAAAACAGGAAAACCAGGUAAUAGUUCAGACAAGGGUAAAUAAAAAAAUAAUGUAAAAAAUCGUAGGCAAAUAGAAUAGAAUAUCAACUCUAUCUGACAUAUGUUUGUUGUCCUCUCUUCCCCUCUCUGAGCUGUGAAGAAACAAGCUCUUGUUUGUGUGGUUGGUUACAUUCUGACACUUCCCGUCCAGAAGUUUCCUCGGUCCAGCAAAUAGUUUUACUGAUCAAGCAGAGGCCUCUGAGUCUCAUCUGUCAUAUCGCUGUGACAAUUCACACAGGCCACCAACAGCCCUGACACACGGACCCAGAACCACACACAGUGUGUGUGUGUGUGUGUGUGUGUGUGUGUGUGUGUGUGUGUGUGUGUGUGUGUGUGUGUGUGUGUGUGUGUGUGUGUGUGUGUGUGUGUGUGUGUGUGUGUGUAAACCUUCUAUUCUAUAUUUCCCUAUUAUGUAUAUUAUAUAUUUAAAGUAUUUAUUUCCUAUCUAAUUUUUCAUAAAUGUGGCAUUCCACAACAGCCAUAUCAAUUAUAUGCAUGUUGUGUUACUACAAUACAUCUUAGAGGCCACUAUUCUACAUGUUACUGCACUUAUAUGAUUGCAGGACUUUUACUUGUAAUGUAGUAUUUGU